AUGUCGUCUCCAAGAGUGGUCUAUAUCAACCUUCCCAGCAAAGACAUCGACGCCUCCAAACGCUUCGCAUCCGCGCUCGGCCUGAUCAAAAAAUUCGAUGGCGGCCGUGACGGUAUGAGAUCCGCUAGCUUCGCCUACUCCGAUUCUGUCCAUAUAUUCUACCACUCCCACGAAACCUGGGAGCGAUGGCUAUUCCAGGGUCGCAAAACCGCGGACGCACAUCAAGUCACGCAGUCACUGAUCAGCCUAGGCGCUGAAUCCCCAGAGGAAGUGGAGAGUUUGGUAGGGAAGGCCAUUGGGGCGGGCGGGAAGAGGGGGCCGAGGAUGGUGCCGGAAGAAGAGAAGUGGGGAAUGUACUCGCGCACAGUGGAGGAUCCGGACGGGCACGUAUAUGAGAUUGUCUAUUCGAGCCACCAGGGAGAUUGUGGAGUAUAG